CAGUUGAGGAAACUGAGGCCUGGAGAAGCCAAGUGAGUGUCCCAAGGUCACUUAACUAGCAAGUGGCAGGAGAGGGCCAGGAAGGAACUCUGCUGGUGUCCAGUGGGAAAACCUCAUCCUCAGACCUGGGAUGCUCUCCUUCCUGGGACUUCUGUUGACUCAGGAAAGGGAGCCAGAGUCUGCCUCGUGUGAGCUGUCGCCGCCCCAGUGGACAGGGGAUAUAAGAGAUCAUCGAGUUCGAAAAUCUUUGGGUAGAAAGGCACCCAAAUGCUCUCUGAUUCCUCCCUUUCCCUGAUGCAUGAAUCUUUCUCGAGUAUUUCCAAAAGGUUUUCCAGGCUCUGCUGGAAUGUCUUAAAGGGUUAAGGCAUUUAGUCUCUCGUGAGGCCCCCCCAUGUUUGGACAGCUUGAAGUGCCAGGACAGUCCAGCCAGCCUCCUUGUAAUGUCCACCGGGUGUUCCAGUUCUCCUCGGAGCUACCUGAUCUCCCUCUCUUGCAGAGGAUGCCACGGACUACCAUGUGUGCGUCUCCUUUCUGGCCGGCUGCAAACUCAGGGAAAGGCCGUCUCGCCUAUUUCUGUUGCCUGUGACUUUGUGGAGUGUGAAACCAGAGUCCUCUUCAGAGGAAGAAGCAGGGAACCAAGGGUUAGGGUGUGGGGCAGUCUCUCUUCCAGGGGAAGUAAUCUGUUAACUGACAUGUCCACAGCCUUCUCACAAAUCCACCAUCUCAACUCCCCACCUGAGAGACUUGGAGACUCGAGGCCCAUCUUUACUACUUGGACAUGAACAUGUUUACUCUGGGAGCCAAAUACGGUGCUUGGGCCAACGUGCAUGCAUCCUCGGGAAGAAUGCAAAGGAAUCCAAGGCAUGGUUCCUGCCUCAGUGUUUCUGGAAAGAUCCCAGGGGCAGGAUUUAACAGCACGAUGUAGUUGCGUCCCAUUGUUGAGUUAAACUCAAAAUCAAGUGGCCAGAGAAGCUCGGGAAGCCCAGUGAGGAUCGUUUUUGCCUUUUUCCAAAAUGUUUUUGUUAUACUGUCCAUGGGUGAAUCCUAUGCUCGUCUUCUACCCGCAGGUGCAUCUCCCAAGAAGAAAGUCAGACCAGCCAGCAGACAUGAUGAGCACCAAGGCCUUUUCGCUGGUCUCCGCCGUUGAGCGGGAGCUGCUGAUGGGCGACAAGGAGCGCGUCAACAUAGAAUGCGUGGAGUGCUGCGGCAGGAACCUCUACGUGGGCACCAGCGACUGCUUCGUUUACCACUUCCUGCUGGAGGAGAACACUUUGCCCGCAGGGACAGCCACAUUCACUGCCACUAAGCAGCUGCACAGACACCUGGGUUUCAAGAAGCCAGUGAACGAGCUGCGAGCCGCGUCGGCGCUCAACAGGCUGCUGGUGCUCUGCGACAACUGCAUAACUCUGGUCAACAUGAUGAGCCUGGAGCCCGUCCCCUCAGGGGCCCGCAUCAAAGGGGCCACGGCCUUCGCCUUGAACGAGAACCCUGUGAGCGGGGACCCGUUCUGCGUGGAAGUCUGCAUCAUCUCGGUCAAACGCAGAACCAUCCAGGUGUUCAUGGUGUACGAGGACCGGGUUCAGAUCGUCAGGGAAGUGUCGACGCCGGAGCAGCCCCUGGCCGUGGCUGUGGACGGCCACUUCUUGUGCCUGGCUCUGACCACCCAGUACAUCAUCCUCAACUACAGCACGGGCGUCGCCCAGGACCUGUUUCCUUACUGCAGCGAGGAGAAGCGCCCGAUCGUCAAGAGGAUAGGGAGACAGGAGUUCCUGCUGGCGGGCCCCGGAGGGCUGGGCAUGUUUGCGACCGUCGCUGGGAUAUCGCAGCGAGCCCCCGUGCACUGGUCAGAGAACGUGGUCGGGGCAGCCAUCUGCUUUCCGUAUGUCAUUGCGCUCGAUGACGAGUUCAUCACGGUGCACAGCAUGUUGGAUCAGCAGCAAAAGCAGACCCUGCCCUUUAAGGAAGGCCACAUUCUACAGGAUUUUGAAGGCAGAGUGAUUGUCGCCACAAGUAAAGGAGUUUACAUCUUGGUUCCAUUACCUCUGGAAAAACAAAUACAGGAUCUUCUAGCAAGCCGUAGAGUGGAAGAGGCUUUGAUUUUAGCCAAAGGAGCCCGGAGGAACAUUCCAAAAGAAAAAUUUCAGGUGAUGUACAGGAGGAUCCUGCAGCAGGCGGGGUUCAUACAGUUUGCGCAGCUGCAGUUCCUGGAAGCUAAAGAGCUCUUCAGAAGCGGCCAGCUUGACGUCCGGGAGCUGAUCUCUCUCUACCCCUUCCUGUUGCCCACCUCCUCUUCAUUCACACGGUCUCACCCUCCUCUCCACGAGUAUGCAGACCUCAACCAGCUGACCCAAGGGGACCAGGAGAAGAUGGCCAAGUGCAAGCGCUUCCUCAUGAGCUACUUGAACGAGGUCCGCAGCACAGAGGUAGCAAACGGCUACAAGGAAGACAUCGACACAGCCUUGCUCAAGCUGUAUGCGGAGGCUGACCAUGACAGUCUGCUGGACCUCCUGGUCACCGAGAACUUCUGUCUUCUGACCGACAGCGCUGCCUGGCUAGAGAAGCACAAAAAGUAUUUUGCACUGGGACUGCUCUAUCAUUCUAAUAACCAGGAUGCGGCUGCAGUUCAGUUGUGGGUGAACAUCGUGAAUGGGGAAAUUCACGACUCCACACGCUCGGACCUGUACGAGUACGUCGUCGACUUCCUCACCCACAGCCUGGACCGGGAGCUGGUGUGGCAGUACGCGGGCUGGGCCUUGCAGAAAAGUGAGGAGGUUGGAGUUCAAGUUUUCACCAAGAGACCUUUGAACGAACAGCAGAAGAGUAGUUUUAACCCAGACGAUGUUAUCACUUGCCUUAAGAAAUACCCUAAAGCUCUCGUUAAGUACCUGGAGCACCUGGUUGUGGACAGGAGCCUGCAGAAGGAAGAGUACCACACACGCUUAGCACUCCUCUACCUGGACGAGGUGCUGCGACAGGGACCCAGCACUGGUGGCAGGGGUGCGGAAGUGACCGAGACGCAGGCAAAGCUACGACAGCUGCUGCAGAAAUCCGACUUGUACCGAGUCCACUUUCUGAUGGAUAGAAUCCAGGGCGCCGGCCUUCCCAUGGAGAGCGCCAUCCUGCACGGGAAGCUGGAGGAGCACGAGGAAGCCCUGCGCAUCCUGGUUCACGAGCUGAGGGACUUCUCGGCGGCCGAGGACUACUGCCUGUGGCGCUCCGAGGGCAGGGCCCCACCCUACCGGCAGCGGCUCUUCCACACGCUGCUGGCCAUUUACCUCGGCCCCGGGCCCUCCGCACCCGAGCUGACCGUGGCCGCCGUGGACCUCCUGAACCACCACGCCACGGAAUUUGACGCGGCCCAGGUUCUGCAGCUGCUGCCGGGCACCUGGUCAGUGCAGCUCCUCUGCCCGUUCCUGACGGGGGCCAUGAGGGACAGUGUCCACACCAGGAGGACAGCACAGGUGGCUGUCGGCCUGGCCAAGUCUGAAAACUUAAUCUACAAAUACGAUAAGAUGAAGUUGAAAGGAAGCUCAGUUCGGCUCUCGGACAAAAAGCUUUGCCAGAUGUGCCAAAAUCCCUUUUGUGAGCCCGUGUUUGUUAGGUAUCCAAAUGGAGGUCUCGUCCACACGCACUGUGCUGCCAGCAGACAAACGAACCCCAGUUCCCCCAGCCCUGGCACCCGGACUUGAAGAGGCCCAGCCGAGGGCGCGAGGGGGACCCUGAGUUCUUUACCAAGGCUGCUGGGUGCAGAGAGCAGGAAGCCGCUGCCCUUGGGUCAGCCAAGACGACGGGAUGAGCCCUGAGUGCUGGGGAGCCUCAGUCAUGUGAACCAGGGCCUCUUGGCUGCUGACCACUCUGCAAUGAAUGUAAAUGGAAAACCCCGGAAACAGACACCUGCCAGAGUACACCCGUCCAGGUUCUUAGUAAUCCAAAACAGACGUCUGCUGUGUGAGGAAAUGAGCCUUCCCCGUGCAAUGCAGACAGACGGCCCCCAGCCCCACCCCCCGAGCCUGAGACCUGCAUUUGCACUGGAACCGUUUGCUUCACGGUGGCAAAGGUGAAGCCCUGUCUCGGCUGAGUGAGUGGCCAGGACACAGAGCCCUGUGGCAGGCGGGCUUCACCCGCACCUUCCCGUCCCGUGUAAGUACCCUCUCCGUCCACGAGGCACGGCCGCUGGGGUCCUGUCUGUUUCUCCAGAUGACCUCGGGGGCUCUGCCUUGCCCUUGGAAAUGGCUGACCUGAGGGAAGUAUUUGUGUUCCUUCCUUCUUCCCAUCUGCUCUCAACCCCUGAAAGAUUCUGCCUUCUUUACCCAAUCUCUCCCUUCUGGGUAAGUUUGUGUGCUUCUGGCUGCCCAGCAAGUGAAGACCUGUAAGACGCUGGUAAAGCCCCAUGAGAGAAGCUGCUUGCCGGUCUUGAAGACAACAGCAGACAGGAGACCAUGGCGGGGGAGGGCCCAAUGUGUGUUCCUUUUUUGGCGCAUCGUCUGCUGAUUUGAAACUCCACAAUCAACACGUUUGACUAAAAGUUUUUAUUUGAAGUUAUAUCAUCUUUGUAGUUUUUCUCUUGUUUAGACAUUCAUCUGUCGUAUUGGUUAGGGACAUUUUUUCUUGUUGAAAUGUACCUCCUAUUGAAUACUUGGGAAAUUAGAAGGGAAACGUUAUGAGCACAAGCCGAGCGCGUUCCCGGGGAGGCCGGUUUCGACCUCACACUCUUAGCAGGGCGGGCAGUGGUGACAGCUGCCUUGCAUGUGACAGAGACGUCGUCUUUCCUGGCGGGUGCUCCUGCACACCCUUGUGAGGAAGUCCAGCCAGGCCGCCUUACCUCCCAGCACUUUACACGCCUGCUCUGAGGUUUCCUGAACACGCAGGAGGAAUGCCUCUUGCUCACCACGGACUGGGAAUUCACUGUCUCUCUCUGUCUGACGUCUCUAGGAAGCCCAAGCUGUUGUUACUUAACUGCCCUCUUGAAUUUCUUCGUUGUGAUUAUGGAUUCUAUUAGGAACUAACAGUAAAGACACUGUACCCCCUGCCGUAACGCUCAAAAAACAAGCAUUAGCGUGUAUGUGCCAGGAGAGGGCCUUGGAGCAUCAGCCAAGCUUGGGCCCGAGGGAGGAGGGGCUCAUUCUCCAUUCUUUAAAAAAUGUUUGCCUGAACUAAUAAUGGUCAGUAUUCGUUUUCCUUUUGUGAUUCUAAGUGGCCCAAGAAAGCAAAGGCAUCCAUGCAUUCUUUCCUAACUAUAUCUCAAUUAUCUACAGAAUAAAUGAUGAAGAAGUUAUCCUUGUAACUCAACCAUAUGCCGGGUAAAUUGGUAUGAAUUCAAAGCCCGGUCGUGAGCUUUACCCUGUGGAUGACUGUGUUACGGGAUGGUUGUACAGCUGUGUACAUUAUCAUCACAACCUAUGAGUUUGUGGUUAUUCCGCAAAGAGCAAGUUACUAGGUCAUGCAAUGUUGCACUUUUAAAAGCACUGUUUCUCUGUGCACAAAAUGGGUAAAAUCUUGAAAAAGACUUGUGAUUACUCAUUGUUAACUUGAGGACACUGGUCUCUUUUUUCCUCUGAACGUUGAUCAAUAUUUUGAAGUGUUUGUUAUCCUUUAGAAUAACGAGAAUUCAAGUUGAACCGUUUUCCACCUCUACCGAAUCCUCUAACACAGGCAGAGUUCUGUGACACUGCAGAAUUGCCUCCUGUGUUAAAACCAUACCUUUCUCUAACUCCCACAAACCCGUUUUCUUAAAUCAUAUUUUUAAAAGAAAUACAUGGUUCUUUCUGAGGGCCUGCUGCUUUGUGACUGUGCCGUUGAAUAGAGCAAUUCGAAGCAUCACUCAGCCCUCUUCUGCCUCGUUAGGUUCUGCGUAACCAUUCUAGUUAAAACAGCAUGAACUGGACUCAGCUGACAUUAAUAUUCUGUGGGCAAUACUAUUUUAGUUUUAUGAACUGUUUACCUGCUGUUGCCUAUCAAGUCUUACUGUGGGGGUGUCGUGGAGGCUAUGGGGCCCUGGGCCUGAGCUCAGAGCUGGAGAGCCUGCGCCCAUGAGCUUGGGAAUGUGGGCGUCCUUCGGAGCGCAGUGGGCUCAGGCGCCAUGGGCGCACCGUCAGAUCCACGCCUGUCACACGGCGAGGAUGCCCUUGCAUCUUUCUUUCUCUCCCAUGGAAACCUUUGUCCUUGCAACUUUAUCCUUCGCCCUGGUUGGGUCCCAAAUACCCAAGAUGUACAAAUGUAAACUUGUUGAUUUUAUUAAAAUUCUUUUAAUUCUUUG